CUCCCCCUUCCGAAAGACUUGGCUUUCCUGGGUGGGGAGGGAACUAAAGCCUCGGACGCCAGGGGCGUCCCUGCAAGUGAGGAUCCCUCUGAACACGUGGAGCGCCCCUGCUGUGCCGAACCAGACCGUCCUUGGCUCUCCCUGCCUACCCAGUCGUCCGUUUGUUCUUUGGCUCUUUGCGGAUCUUCCCUUUCACCAUCUCACGUGGGGGCCGGUUCCCAGUGCUAGGCCCGGUCCCCCGCCCCCGGGCGAUGUGACCCACAUACGGCAUUUCCGCGGAGCCACAGGCCCCCCGGGGGGAUGGGCGCAGCCAGGCCAGAUGGACGAGAAGACCAAGAAAGCGGAGGAGAUGGCCCUGAGACUUACUCGGGCAGUGGCAGGCGGGGAUGAACGGGUGGCUAUACAGUGUGCCAUCUGGCUGGCAGAGCAACGAGUGCCCCUGAAUGUGAAACUGAAGCCUGAGGCCUCCCCGACACAGGAUAUCAGGCUGUGGGUGAGUGUGGAGGAUGCUCACCUACACACCGUCACCAUCUGGCUCACAGUGCGCACCGACAUGACAGUGGCUUCCCUCAAGGACAUGGUUUUCCUGGACUACGGCUUCCCGCCAGCGCUGCAGCAGUGGGUGAUUGGGCAGCGGUUGGCACGAGACCAGGAGACCCUGCACUCCCAUGGGGUGCGGCGCAAUGGGGACAGUGCCUACCUGUAUCUGCUGUCAGCCCGCAACACCUCACUCAACCCUCAGGAGCUGCAGCGGGAGCGGCAAGUGCGGAUGCUGGAAGGUCUGGGCUUCAAGGACCUCACGUUGCAGCCACGGGGCCCCCUGGAGCCAGUCCCUCCAAAGCCUGGGCCCCCCCAGGAACCCCCUCAGGGGCAGCCAGAUGCAAUACCUGAGCCCCCACCGGUGGGCUGGCAGUGCCCUGGAUGCACCUUCAUCAAUAAGCCCACGAGGCCUGGCUGUGAGAUGUGCUGCCGGGCACGGCCCGAGACCUACCAGGUCCCUGCCUCGUACCAGCCUGAUGAGGAGGAACGAGCGCGCCUGGCCGGCGAGGAGGAAGCACUGCGCCAAUACCAGCAGCGGAAGCAGCAGCAGCAGGAGGGAAACUACCUGCAGCACGUCCAGCUGGACCAGAGGAGCCUGGUGCUGAACACCGAGCCCGCCGAUUGCCCCGUGUGCUACGCGGUGCUGGGGCCCGGUGAGGCCGUGGUGCUGCGUGAGUGUCUGCACACCUUCUGCAGGGAGUGCCUGCAGGGGACCAUCCGCAACAGCCUGGAGGCGGAGGUCUCCUGCCCCUUCAUUGACAACAACUACUCGUGCUCGGGCAAGCUGCUGGAGAGGGAGAUCCGGGCGCUCCUGACCCCUGAGGAUUACCAGCGAUUCCUAGACUUGGGCAUCUCCAUUGCUGAAAACCGUAGUGCCUUCAGCUACCACUGCAAGACCCCAGACUGCAAGGGAUGGUGCUUUUUUGAGGAUGAUGUGAACGAGUUCACCUGCCCUGUGUGUUUCCACGUCAACUGCCUGCUCUGCAAGGCCAUCCAUGAGCACAUGAACUGCAAGGAGUAUCAGGAUGACCUGGUCCUGCGGGCUCAGAAUGAUGUAGCCGCCCGGCAGACGACAGAGAUGCUGAAGCUGAUGCUGCAGCAGGGUGAGGCCAUGCACUGCCCACAGUGCCAGAUCGUGGUGCAGAAGAAGGACGGCUGUGACUGGAUCCGUUGCACUGUCUGCCACACUGAGAUCUGCUGGGUCACCAAGGGCCCGCGCUGGGGCCCUGGGGGCCCAGGAGACACCAGUGGGGGCUGCCGCUGCCGAAUGAAUGGGAUUCCUUGCCACCCAAGCUGUCAGAACUGUCACUGAGCUAAAGAUGGCUAGGUCCUCAUGCUGACCCAGCCCCGCAUCUGCAGUCUGUGUGGUACAAGGCUGGGCUUGGGGCUUUGGCUCCAAUUUCUGGCUUGGGAGAUGCCUUUGUGUUUGGCCAAGACAGGGGCCCUAUGGAGGCUGGGGCCUUUGAGCUGCAUGGACAGUUUCAUUUGCUAUAGGAGUUACAGGGGCCCCGCCUAUGCUGCUGUUGUCCAAAGUCACAUCUGUCCCAGUGCCUUUGUCCUUCCUCUCGGGCUCUCUGCAGCUCCAACCUCUGCCUGACCCAGCCUUAAACACAGCCCCUGGCCAGAGCCACCAUGUGACUCUGUCCUCCUCCCAACCUCCAUCUUCCAUCCUCGUCUGGUAUACACCAAGCACUCACAACCUCCCUCCUGGCUCUUUGGAAGGUGACUUUUCUCUGAUGUUGUGGUUAGAGGCCUGGAGCUUCUUAGAACUCCUGCUAACGUGGUCCGAGCCAGAGGGAGAGCAGGCAGGUUUGAAAGCACAGCCCAUCAUGCCUGGCUCUGCAUCUCCCUCUCUGCUGUCUAUGUGAGCUAAUUAAAAUAGUUUUCUAGGAA